CAAGGGGCGCCCCCUCUGGGCAGCCUGGCCUGGCGGGCACUCGCGCCCGUGCCCCAGGGCUGCCGGAAGCGCCGCUCGCCCGUGUCCUUGGCCCGCGGGCCGUGGCCGGCCGUCCAGCAUGGUGGACUACUACGAGGUGCUGGGCGUGCCCCGCCAGGCCUCGUCCGAGGCCAUCAAGAAGGCGUACCGCAAGCUGGCGCUGAAGUGGCACCCGGACAAAAACCCUGAGAACAAGGAGGAGGCGGAGAGGAGGUUCAAACAAGUGGCCCAGGCCUACGAGGUGUUGUCGGACGCCAAGAAAAGGGACGUCUACGACCGAUACGGCGAGGCGGGGGUGGAGGGCGGCGGGGGCGGCCGGGGCGGCAGGCCCUUCGAGGACCCUUUUGAGUGUGUCUUCACCUUCCGCGACCCGGCCGACGUCUUCAGGGAGUUCUUCGGCGGCCGGGACCCGUUUUCCUUUGACUUCUUUGGAGACCCGCUUGACAGCAUUUUGGGCGGUCGGAGGAGCGCCCGAGGAAGCAGGAGCAGAGGGUCCGCGCCGCUUUUCUACACCUUCAGUGAAUUUCCAGCAUUUGGAGGUGGUUUUUCUUCUUUUGAUACAGCAUUUUCUUCCUUUGGUUCUGUGGGGAAUGGCGGCCUUUCUUCCUUCUCCAUGUCUUGUGGUAGUGGUGGGACGGGCAACUUCAAAUCCAUGUCGACUUCCACCGAAAUCAUUAAUGGCAAAAAGAUCACCACCAAGAGAAUCGUUGAGAAUGGCCAAGAAAGGGUAGAGGUGGAAGAAGACGGAGAGUUAAAGUCCCUGAUAAUAAAUGGCAAAGAGCAGUUGCUACGCCUUGACACGAAGUGAUUCCGGUCCACAGUGAACUUAGAGAACAUUUGGAGGAACAGCAGGAUGUUCUCUCUUUUUGAAGAUUGCAAGCGAACUCUACUUUCAAAACAACUGUACUCAAGAAUUUAUAAAGAGUUCAUGCCAAUGCCUAUUUGUUGUUACUGUUGGGACCACAGACUAGGACCUCUGUUUUUCUUUAAACCUGUUGUAAAUAUCUGUAUGCACUUUGCUAUUAAACAUAAGCCCAAGGCA